CAUUAUACCCAAAUCCCUUGUUUUGAGUCAAAUACUUUUUCUGAUUCCUUUUCUGUCUCUUUUAUCUGCCUUCUUAUUACUUUUUUGAUAUUUUUAACACAAAAGUAUGAUAAAUUUUGAUUCUUUAUUCUAAAAUCCUGAACUGGGUUCUUGAGAUUUCAUUUGGAUUCUGUUUUCUUGUAUAUUUUGUAGAUAAUCUUAAUCAAAGUUCCAAUCUUUGAAGCAAAUUAGCAAAUAGGUAUUUGGAGAUUAUGUUUCUUUAAAGAAAAUGUUUGCUUACAUUAGUUUUGAAGAAGAUUGAUUUGGAGUUUUAUAGUUUUAAGGUAAUGUUUUGUUGGGUUUCUAGAAAUUCACAAGAUUAAUUAACCAAUUUUUAUAAUAAAAAGGUCUUAUUCAUCAAGACUGCAAUUUUUUCUGUUUAUAUAUGACAAAGAAAAAAUUAAAUGAGCAGUUAGUGUUAAAAACCACCUUCUAUUUUUUGUUUUUUCUUUCAUUUUUGAUGUCAACAGGAGUCAGAAAGAUUCUGACUGUUGUAACCAAUUUUUUGUGAUUAGUAAUUGAGUUUUUAGGUGGUUGUUAGUUUGGUAGAUAGGGAAUUUUUAUGUCACCUGAUCAAUGUUUGUUAAUUCUUGAGAAUGGCUUUUAAUGGUUUAAGAAUUUAGAUUGUGUUUCUGAUAGAUUGGUUCUAGAAAACCAUGAAAUUUUUAAGUAUUAUGGGUAAUUCUUUUGGUUGUUCUGCAUCUGGGGAGCGUUUAGUUUCUGCAGCAAGAGAUGGUGAUCUUCAAGAAGCUAAGGCAUUGCUGGAAUGCAAUCCGAGGCUAGCUCGAUACUCGACAUUUGGUGUUCGGAAUUCGCCAUUGCAUUAUUCUGCAGCUCAAGGUCACCAUGAGAUAGUUUCUCUCCUGAUUGAGUCUGGAGUUGACAUUAAUCUGAGGAAUUAUCGUGGUCAGACUGCUUUGAUGCAAGCUUGUCAACAUGGUCACUGGGAGGUUGUCCUGAUUCUGUUACUUUAUAAAGCCAAUAUUCACAAAUCAGAUUAUCUUAAUGGGGGUACUGCACUCCACUUGGGUGCUCUGAAUGGUCAUACUCGGUGCAUACGCCUCCUCCUUGCAGACUACAUACCCAGCGUUCCAGAUUGUUGGAAUAUGUUGACAAACAGAUCAAACAAUAUUCAGUCAAUUUCAGAGUUCGAUGAAUGUGCUCUCCAUAAGGUGAUUAACAGAUCUGCCGAUGGAGGUAUCACUGCUCUGCAUAUGGCAGCUCUGAAUGGGCAUCUCGAAACUGUGCAAUUGCUUCUGGAUUUAGGAGCUUCUGUUUCUGAGGUCACUGUGGAAGAUGGAACUACCAUUGACCUAAUAGGUGCUGGAAGUACUGCUCUUCAUUAUGCUGCAUGUGGUGGAAAUCCACAAUGCUGUCAAAUGUUGAUUGCCAGGGGUGCCAGUGUUGCUGCUGAAAAUGCAAAUGGAUGGACUCCUCUGAUGGUUGCUCAUUCAUGGCAUAGAAGUCAACUUGAGCAAAUAUUGAGCGUGCAGCCAGAAUGUCAGACACCGAUAUGCCCUUCACCAUAUUUAUCUCUUCCCCUGAUGAGCAUUGUCAAAAUUGCCAGAGAAUGUGGAUGGAGGAAUGAGGAUUUGCUGCCCUCAUGCCAGGAUACAUGUGUUGUUUGUUUGGAAAGGUCAUGCACAGUUGCUGCAGAAGGUUGUGGUCAUGAGUUCUGCAUAUGGUGUCCGUUAUAUCUCUGUUCUACAAUCUGCUCAUCAAAUGCUGCUCAAGGUCCUCCGGGAUCAGUUACGUGUCCCCUCUGUCGUCAUGGCAUCGUUUCAUUUGUGAAGCUUCCCGAAACAAAGCCAGUGGCGAAGGCGAUUGCCAGAACAAGUUUGUCACUAUCAUUUUGUUCAUGUUCGGGUGAGGAGCCAGAACCUUCUUCCGUAUUAACCCCACUUUGCAGGCCUGAUUUCGGGUGCACCAGAAUGUCCCCUCUUUCAUCGUCUUUCCGCUCGUUGAGUUGCCAGAAGUUCCCAUCGAUGAAAUUCAAUGGGAGAGGAUGCAUGGGAACUCCGGACACGAGUCCUUCUUUAGUUCCUUGCACCAUUGACCGGAACCAGCGUGAACAUUUGGUCCGAUAUUCAAGGUCGAGGCUUGGACGAUCGACUUCCAGCAACGACACGGAGGGUAGGAGAUCUUGGUUAUCUGCAAUCAAUUAUUAUACAACUAUAGUAACCGGAAGCUGACAAUUCACAAGUUAUUUUUUGGUUUCUUUUUUUGCUGCUAUUUUAAUUAUUUUCUCCUAUUUUUACCCAUUGUUUUUAUCUAUUAUUUAAACAUGUAAUUUUUGGUGUAAAUAUCUAAAAUCAUUUGCAACAGCCUACAGGAGAUAUCAUGGGAUUCAGAAAAAAGAAAAGAAUCCUGCGGAUUCACCUCUGUUUGCAUCAGAUAUAAAAAAGAUAUGUUUUUAAGAGAAAUGUCACAAACUACUGAAUUUUAUCAUUGUUAUUAUAUUUAUUUCGUUAUGAUGAA